AUGUUAUUUAUUGAUGGAACUAAUCGAGAUAUUGCUGUUCAAUGGUUGAAUCUAUCCGAUAAAAAUAAGAUCGAUUAUGUUGCUUAUUUUGUUUUUGAUUCUAUUGUUGUUUGUGAUUAUGAAAUUCAUACUGGAGAAACUGAUUUUAGAUUUCUAAUAGAAUUUAAAGCUGCUGUUACAUUAGGAAAUGGUUUAACAAAAGAUGAUUUUGUUCAACAAACUUAUCAUUAUGUAUCGAAAGAAAUUAAAGAUGUAGUAUUAAAACAAUUAAAAGAUUAUGGUGGAACAAAACAAUGUUUAUCACAAUUGUUAGAUGAAGAACACCAAAGAGAGUUAGAACAAGAAUUAGAAGAAAAGCGUUCACCACCUGUUACAACAUGUCAACCUAUACUGCAUGAAGAAAUAAAACAAUUGUACGAUAUGCAUAGUUCUAUGAUGAAUUUAAAACAACAUCCUAUUGUAUUUCGUCAUUUACCUUAUGCUUUUACUGGCGCAACAUUUGUUAAUGAUUGUUAA